CAGUUCUCAGCGCGCAGCGCCCCAGUGAAGUUCGUGGCAGCGCACAAAGACCCCAGCUUGAGAUUAUAGGAAAACAACUCCAAGCGGAAGGAAAGCACAACAAGCUCUGGAGCAGAGCCACCGAUACACAAUAAGGAAAACAAAUCGCCACCACAACAAAAGGACAUUUUGCCAGCCGAGCAACUUGGUCCUGAUUACCCGAUUCGCUUGGCCAACUUUGGAACUGGAACGCAGGGUGUGCAACGAAGCGCGGCCUUUAAUUUCGACACUCCAUCAGCCCAGCGACGCACCAGGAAAACCCACCACCCCCAAAAAGGACUUGUUUUUAAGGGCUGCCAGAGUUGCCCCAUCGUCGCCAGGAGCCCAAGGAGCCAGAGCCCAUUCAAAACUGAAUUCCAUGGCAGCAGCCGCAUGGAGCUGGCUGUUGGCCCCAUUCCUGCUCCUCCACUUGGCCAGUGCCGGAGCGGGCGGAGGAGGAGCAGGAGGAUCGGGAUCCGGACUGACUGGCCCCGCCGUCUUCACCAGCUCCUUCCUGGUGCGCUUCCGGCGCGGAGUGGACAACGGGUUCGCCCAUGAAGUGGCCGACAAGUACGGCUUCGACAACCUAGGCCCGCUGGUCGGCGCCGAUGGACAGGAGUAUCACUUCAAGCACAGGACCCUUCCCCACGCCCGAUCCAGGCGCAGUCUGACGCACACACGGGCCCUCAAGAGCCACCCGGCGGUUCACACGGCCGUGCAACAGCCGGGAUUCAAGCGGGUUAAAAGGGGUCUGCGGCCAGCGGUUCCCGCCAUCCACGGCAUGAAGUUCGACCUAAAAAUGGGCGAGGCCAAUCGGAUUGAGGAGGAGCCCACCGACCCCUACUUUCCCAUGCAGUGGUAUCUCAAGAACACGGGACAGAAUGGCGGAAAAGUACGAUUGGAUCUGAAUGUUCAGGCUGCCUGGGCCCAGGGAAUCACCGGAAAGAAUGUGACAACGGCCAUCAUGGAUGACGGCGUGGACUACAUGCAUCCGGAUCUGAAAUUUAAUUAUAACGCCGAGGCCAGUUAUGACUUCAGUAGCAACGAUCCCUUUCCAUAUCCCCGAUACACCGACGACUGGUUCAACAGCCAUGGAACUCGUUGUGCCGGCGAAGUGGCUGCUGCCAGAGAUAAUGGAAUUUGCGGCGUUGGCGUUGCUUAUGACAGCAAAAUCGCAGGCAUUCGCAUGCUGGACCAGCCCUACAUGACGGACCUAAUCGAGGCCAACUCCAUGGGCCACGAGCCGCACAAAAUCCACAUCUACAGCGCCUCCUGGGGUCCCACCGAUGAUGGCAAGACGGUGGAUGGUCCCCGGAAUGCCACCAUGCGAGCGAUAGUCCAGGGCGUGAAUGAGGGUCGAAAUGGCCUCGGGAACAUCUAUGUUUGGGCCUCCGGCGACGGCGGCGAGGAGGACGACUGCAACUGCGACGGCUAUGCCGCCUCCAUGUGGACCAUUUCCAUUAACAGCGCCAUCAACGACGGCCAGAACGCCCACUACGACGAGAGCUGCAGCUCCACGCUGGCCUCCACGUUCAGCAACGGAGCCAAGGACCCCAACACGGGCGUUGCCACCACGGACCUCUACGGCAAGUGCACGACCACCCACUCGGGCACCAGUGCGGCGGCACCCGAAGCAGCGGGCGUUUUCGCCCUGGCCCUGGAGGCCAACCCGCAGCUGACUUGGCGCGACAUCCAGCAUCUGACGGUGCUGACAUCGAAGCGCAACUCUCUGUUCGAUGCCAAGAACCGCUUCCACUGGACAAUGAACGGCGUGGGCUUAGAGUUCAAUCACCUCUUUGGGUUCGGCGUGCUGGAUGCCGGCGCCAUGGUCACACUAUCCAAGCAGUGGCAUGCAGUGCCACCUCGUUACCACUGCGAGGCGGGCGAGCUCACCCAGCCACAGGCCAUCGUCAUGGGUCGCUCGCUCUUUUGGGAGAUCAAAACCGAUGCCUGCAAGGGCACUGACACGGAAGUGAACUACUUGGAACAUGUCCAGGCGGUAAUCUCGGCUAAUGCCUCUCGACGAGGCGAUCUGGAGCUUUUCCUUACAUCUCCCAUGGGCACCAAAUCCAUGAUCCUGUCGAGGCGGGCCAACGAUGAUGACCACCGCGACGGCUUCACCAAGUGGCCCUUCAUGACCACCCACUCGUGGGGCGAGUAUCCGCAGGGCACCUGGAAACUGGAGGCACGUUUCAACUCCCCUCAAACCCGACAUGGCUAUCUGCUGGAAUGGUCCCUGGUCCUCCACGGCACGAAGGAGGCGCCCUACCGCACCCUGCACCCCUCCUCGCCGCACUCCAAGCUGGCCAUUGUGAAGAAGGCGCACGAGGACAAGAAGAUGAAGUAGGGCGGGUCGCGCCGGGGGUCAGAGGUCAGGUCCAGAUAAACAUCCGCGUAGCGACGUCCAUUAGGCAGCUUGGCGUUUCAUCAUCGAGUUUAGCGUGAGGUUCAAUAAAAGUGCUGGCUGUGUUUUAUUUUGGAAUAGGAUUGAUUGAGAUUAAACUCUAUUGUUUUCGAUUGCGUUUUUCCUUCAUGCCAUUUCAAAUAUUUGCUUUGGAUCCGUCGAACUGAAAGUUCAUUUAAGCAAGUGAUGUUGUUUAUCAGUUUGUGUAAUUAGUUUUUAAUUUGAUGAGCUAAGCUAAUCGUUUCAUUCGCCGUUUGAAUCAUUUCUGGAAAUUGCAAAGCGCACAUUUACCACAUUAGAAAAGGACUCGUAAGUCCUGCACUCAACACCAUGAUCCGUUGAGUGUCCUAGCAAACUCUGUAGUGAAUAUCAAAGAAAACCACAAACUAAGAACAAAGAAAACAGGUAUAGCAGGUAGAGCCGGUAUUCGAAAGGUGCGAGAAGGCGGGAAAUAGAGAUAUAACGGAGGAAACCAACUAGAACAAAGAAAUCCAGGAUAAACCCUAUGUAAAUGUGUAAUAUCUAUAUGUAUACAUACCCUAUCUUUAACUGCGUCCUUUGCCGUUAGACUCUUAAAUCUAUCUAGUAUAAAAUACAAACAACUAAACAAAGUAUUUACACGUAUUUUAAAGCUACGUCCUUUGUUCUCCAUACUAUAUAUAUAUACACACGAGAAUAUACCUACAUGCAUAUAAUAUGUACUUAAAGGAAACUUAGCAAAACAUAAAAUGUUAAUCCCAUAAAUGCGGAACAAGUUUGUCGCUUCACUUUGGUUGCAAGCCGAAUUCUGCUUUUAUUUCGAGACGACUCGUACGUGUAAAAUGCAUUUACAUACAUAGUUUUCCUUUCAGUUUCUUUCGGGGGCCAAAAAAACCACAACAUAGUAACAUUAAUGGUGUGAAACCAACGUAGAACGGAGCGAGUGUUAUGUAAAAACAUAAACAAAUGUUAAAGUACAAGUGCGGAACCUUGAAUGGUGAGCAGCGAGUUUAGCACGUAACGUCAGAUACAGAUACAGAUUGUUUUACCUAGUCUAAUAACUGAGGUACAGCGCAUUGUUAAAGUUUAUCGAUAAUGUGCGAGAGGAAUGAACAAAAAUUAUAUAUGCAGAAGUACAUACAUGUGUAAUUAUUAAUCAAAAACCACACGAGGAGAUGGCGGCGAAAUCUGUUGUGGCAUAACCAUUAUAUACAUACACCGAAUAUUUAACUAUAUAUGCAUAAAUGUAUGAUACGUAUAUAGAGAUACAUAUAUACCACAAAAUAAACGCAAGGAGUAUCUUAUGUGGCCGUUAAGUUGAACUUUGAUGUUGUAGAUACAAAGCAGUAGCACACAAUAGAGGCACCACACCACUCAGAACUAUACUCGUAUAAGGCAGUGUGAAUGCUAGAUGCCCAGUGCAUCGAACAUAGAUUGAUGAUUGCAUAUUUAAUUAUUUUCCAUAGCGCUCAAUAUUCUGUCUUUUGGUGCGAUUUUGUCAUUUCCAUGUAAUUGAACAGAAAGAGAAUUUAAUUUUGUAAA